AUAAAUAAUAAUAAACGCCGGGAUAAAAUAAAAAAAUGAACAAACCUUCCGUCCCAUUCGAGGAAAAUAAUGAAGAUGACAAUGAACCUGAACUCAAAUACGCCCGCCUGCUGAGUCCGGGUGCUGGCCUGGCGCUGGACAAUGGCCAUGGCCGCUCCAGGUCCGUUUCAGGUAGGAAGAGCAAAAAGGACCCCGAGACUGACAGCAAUCUGAGCAGCUAUGAUGAGGAAGUCGCCCCGCCAACUGACACUGACGGUGACGAUGCCAAGGAUGCCUCGUCGUCGAUGCCCAGCAAUGUACGCUGCAAGUGGGCUGAGGGCGAGGUUGAUGUCUUCCUGGACCUAAUAACUUCCAUGGGCCUGCAGGCUGCACUGCUGCGCAAGCGGAACGCCAAAGUGUUCAAGCUGCUGUCCAAGGAAAUGGCCAAAAGGCAGUACAUCAAAGGCCCGGACAAGCUGCGCAUCAAGUUCCAGCUGCUCAGACGCCUGUACAAUAAGGCCAAGAACGGAGGCGACACUUUCGAGUAUUACGAAGCAAUGCGAAAGCUUCUCGAUCCCACGGAGGCGGAGCUGUCGGCUGUGGAUGCGAAACCCAUCUUGAGCAGCGGCAGCGAGAGUGAAUCCAAUGACAGCGAUGACGACGACGGUGACAUCUCGCAGCGUGGAGGAGCCCACUUCUGGACAGACGAGGAGGUGGACGCUUUUCUGCUGAUCAUCAAGGAGAACGGCUUCUUUCGCGCCCUAGAUGGCUCCAAGAAGCGCAACUUCCAGACACUGGUGCACAUCUCCAACAUUCUGGCCAAGCAGUCCUUCAAGCGAACGCCACACCAGCUGCGCAACAAGCUGCGGCUCCUCAUCAAGCGCUAUCGUGAGGCCAGAACGGAAGGCCUCAGCAAUGUGCGCAUACUGCCCCGUCACUUCCAGCUGUUCGAUGAGCUAAUUAACGCACCCAAGGAUCUCACGCGUAGCAGCUCCCAAAAGCCAGCCCGCUCUGCUCCAGCACGCACGGAUCUCUUGGACAGCGACAGCGAGAGCUCCACCUCCAGCUGUGACCUGUUGAGGGCCGCUGGCGAGAGUGACGACUGCGGGGAUGCCUUCGAAAUUGCAACCGAACCCACGCCAUUGGAGGUGCUCACCUCGAUAAGCGAGGGGCAGAAGAAACUAGUGGAGUAUCUCAAGCAGUCGAAUGAUAGCUUUCUCCGACAUCAGCGGGAUAUGCAGAAGCAGUUUCUGCAGGAUGUGACCGAACUAAUGCGUCAGGAUCGUGAGGAGACUAUUCGUCGGAUAUCGGAAAUGUUGGAGGGCCCAAAGGGGAGCUAAGGAAGGAAGAGGAAAGGCUGCAUGACUUGUCUCAAGCUUCUAAAACUUUUAUUGAAUUGAAUUCGAAGUUAUUGCAAAAAGUUGUCAUUAUUUAUAUGUAUGUAUUUAU